GUCAUCUAGCCAAGGAUAGAUUCAAUAUUCGGCUUGAAUAACAGACACGUGAUCACCAGCUUGCCUUACCAUAGCAUGUCUACGUUUACGCUGACGCUAUGCCUUUAGGACCUAGUCCUUGGCUCUUCUGGCUCUCCGCUUUCCACAUGGCAGAUGCAAUGCGCGACUUUAAGCUAUACGACCCAAAUGACGACCUUCUUUUGGCCCGCUCUACCCGAGUCGGGCGAAUUUGUUUUGGUCGUCCUACUGGCUCGUUUACGGUUGGGUUGCAAACAAAACCUACGACCCAUCCAAGUUCGUCUGAGCCUCACGGCUACAUUACGGCUACAGCAUUUCUGCCUGCUCAGUUUCGUCAGCUUAUUUGCCUUAAGAGACCAUGCCAGGUUCUAAACAUUAGGUGCUGGUCAUAAUUCGUGGUUUUGAAUUCUGAUAUCUCUAGGUAUGGGAGUGAUGAUUGAAUUGGGUAGUCGAUAGGA